AUGAAGGCAGGUGGAGGCUCUAUUAGACGAAACACUGCUGGAGAGAAGGACGCGCCGCCAAAGCCAACCGAUGUUAUCCCAGAAGCUAUUGCUGUUCGACAAAGCAUGUCCAGACCGAAAAGUAUCAAGCGAGUUUCUGCCGAUGAACCAAUCUCUCCCUCCCAAAGCAUCGGCUCCUCACGAGCAUCUCACGAUCGACAAUCAUUCUCGCCGUUCCCUACUUCGCCCGCAAAAGAGAUCAGCUCGUCGAGAACGUCCCAGGAACGACAGCCCUGGCCCCCAUCUCCUGCCAAUGACGACCCUGCGUGGCCGUUGAAGGACACUGUCGUGUUCCCUGUCGCCCAGGAAGUCCAGCCAUUGUCCUCAUUCCCUGUCGAUCAUGCCACUAAAGAGAAAGAGUCGGAAAAAGUGAUUCCGGCAACUGAAUCCCUCCAGGACACUCCUACGCUAGAAUCUUCGAGCCAAGAACAAGACCGUGCGAUGGUGGACCAAAUUGAGCCAAGCGUCACCAAGGAACAGGAUGCUCCCACCGAGCCUAUCUCCCCGGUCCACAACUUGCCACCGGUCCCCGUCGCGCAAGCUACUGUGAACCCAACUCCGGCAGGAAAAGGCAAAUUAGCAGGCCGAAUCAAUCCCGCGUUGGUUGGUUUGCUGUCUCGCGGCCCGCCCAUGGCCACUGAAGGACCGAAGAGGGACCUCCCGACCCCGGUCUCUACUGAGAAAGACUCCGCCUCGCCCUCUGCACCUUUAACCCAUGUCACCAAAGAGCGUGCCAGAGGCCCUAAGAGAAGACUUCCCAAGGCAACUACUGCUUCGACCCCGUCCCCCCGGGAUGAUUCUGAGGUUGGUGCUAUUUCAUACUUUGAAACCAUCCCAUCACAGACUCCUCCAAUCCCUGUUGAGUCUUCGGACGACACGUCGGAUCGCCUCUCGCAACCUGAUUCAGAUCUGAUUCCUGACAUCGAUUUCCCCCGUUCAGGCAGCCCGGUCACCGAACUCCCUGUGAAUAGUCCCUUGCAGGAAACCCUCGAACGCGAACCCACUUCUCCAAUCCCUGCUGCGUCUUUGGACGAUACGUCAGAUCGUCUCUCCCAAUCUGAUUCAGCCUCCCUUUCUGACACCGAAAACCCUCGUUCAGUCAGCCCACUCGCCAUUCAACCCCCCGUGAACAUCGCAUUACCGGAUACGGAUAUCCCCGAAAGCAAACCUGCGCUCUCGAUCCCUGUUGAGUCUUCGGACGAUGUGUCGGAUCACAUCUCACAACCUGAUUCGGUUCUACUGUCUGACACCGAAAAUCCCCCAUUGGCCAGCUCGGUUACUACACAAUCCCCUGUGAAUAUUCCAUUACAGAGUAGCCUCGAGUUGGAGCCCGAGCAACGACCUCAAACUCGUUCCUUAACAACGGACUUUGAUAUAUUUCCCUCUCCUGGUUCCUCCCCUAGUCUCAACACUGCAUCCCUUGCUCUUGACAGCCCUGAAGGCAUGAAUGCAUCAGACAGACCGCCCGUCCCGCCAAAAUCUAGUCCACCCACAUCUCCAUUGCCUUCAACGCCCAAGUCACUAUGGGGACAGCGAAAUCGGUUUGCGUCGUCGUCUCCAUCCCCUCUCAGAACAAGCUACAAAGAGAACCGCAUGGAUACACCCCCGACUCCUCCGCAGAAGAACAUCCCCGGUGUCACAGUAGCCGCCGCACGGGGCUUUGUCCCAUGCGCCACAAGCCAGUCCUCCCCUCCUGUGCCCCCAAAGCAAGAUGAUUUUAUGCUCAACAAGCCCACUGAUCCGCGCCGACUGUCCCGUAAGAUGUCAGCACCGUCAUUGGUUGCACAAGCUAGCGAGGCACGAGAGGUCAUUGCGGGAUUUUUCAAGACAUUCCCCAAUCCUCGAGACCGCAUGGAUAUUGACCCGCAGGUGAUGUUGAUGAAGAAACCGGAGGAGUCCAAGAUCAGAACACUCAAGCUGCAGAUAUGGGAACUCACGGGCGACGGCAGACGCCAGGAACUUCCCUCUCACCAAGAGUAUAUUCUCUAUCAAGGCAGCAUGUAUCUCUGCGUGCAUUCGUUUGAGGCUCAGGGGGGUAACAGCUCAGAAGUUUAUCUCUGGUGUGGAGACGAUGUCCCUGAUGCUUCGGUGGACAGUGAACAGAUGUUCGCUCGCAAAGUAGCCCGCGAAAAUAGCACCAAGCUGCAGGUCAUUCGACAAGGCAAAGAGCCAGUUCGCUUUAUCCAAGCGCUUGGUGGCAUCAUGAUCACCCGUCGAGGAUCCAGCUCUCGCCACAACUCAUCGGCCCUCUACAUGCUUUGUGGCCGGAAACAUUUGGGACAGAUGACCUUUGAUGAGAUCGACUACUCGUUGCGCAAUCUCUGCUCUGGCUUCCCAUAUGUUGUUUCAGCUCCCUUUGGCAAGCUUUACUUAUGGAAGGGCAAGGGCAGUGGGCCUGAAGAGACGGGUGCCGCUCGUCUCAUCGGAAUGGACCUGGGUCUGACUGGGGAGUUUGAAGAAGUCGCCGAGGGCGAAGAACCGGAAGACUUCUUCGAUGUCUUUGCUGGUCCCCGAGAGGCAGCUCCUCACAUGUGCCAAGAUUAUUGGCAGCUCAAGCCAAAAUAUUCCCAGUUCCGUACACGGCUUCUGCGUGUCGACCACGAAUUAGGGCAACCGACUCGUUUCUGGAAUCUACGCCGCCCUGGAUCAGGUUCGCCCGUGGUGAAGCCCAACGACUGCAUUCAGGAAAUCGAACCUUUCUGCUACCGCGAUCUCACCGACAAGGAUGUUUACGUUCUGGACACGUUCUUUGAGAUCUACGUGAUCAUCGGCGAGCAAGCCUCACAAAAGUCGGCUGAUUUCGCGUCCGCGGUUGUCUUCGCGCACGAGUAUGGUAUCCUGGCCACAUCUCUCCAGGACCGACCUUUCAUCCCGAAGACUUUCGUUGCGCUGGGUGGUGUCGCCGACCGCUGCCAAAGCGCAUUCCGCAAAUGGAACCCACGCACUCUCAACGCACCAUUUGUAUUCCCUCUGGAUGUGGUUAUUGAAGCCAUGCGAGCUCCAGGGGACAAUUGA